AUGAAACAUCCAAAAUUAGAAAAUAUUCUAGAAUGGAAACUUUAAUCUUUAAAUAGUAUAAAGAAUGAUAGUAUUUAAUAAAGUUUUAAAUAUUGUGGUAAAAGUUUUAAUUUAGAUAAUAGUGAAAAUCUAUUACUUAAUCCUAAAAUUAAAGAUACUAAAUUUGUUCAACAGCAAAUAGAUUUAGAAAUAAACAACUAUGAUUCAUAAAAAGGGGAUGAAUUGAUUGAAAUUAUGAAAAACGACUAUUAUAGUAGCAGUGAAGAAAGUUAAGAAUCAUCAUUUAUAGAAUAUUUAUAAAUUUAAGAUGACUAAGAAAAUAAUACAUCACUAUAAUAUGAAGGAAGAUAAUAAUGA